AUGACCUUCCCUCCCCCUCCCCCUUCCUCCCAAUCGUCGAUUGCUUCUGGCACCGAUAAAUCUUCCUCGACCAGGCCUACACGGUCACAGCAAUCUCCCUGGGGUCCGCCGGUGUCGCAGUCGAGUGUUCGUCGGGGGUUGACACCGCUUGCGACUAACCUUUCGAACCCCUCUGUUUCUGGCCGCGGGCAACCUCAGAGUAAUAGCCCUGGUCCCGGGGUUUCAACUUCAUCUCCUCUUACGUCCUCGUUCUCCGCCGUCUUGAGCUCCUCAAGGGGUCAUCCGCUUGGUCGGGGCGUACCUUCACCAGCCUCCACUCCAGGACCCUUUGCCUCGUACCAAUCUGGCUCGCAGCAACCCCAGUCGCUACCCAGCCAAUCUCUCUCUUCUCCCAAAAUCAGAGCUCAUACCCCAUCCUCAGGGUCGCAUCUGGCUUCCGCAGCAGGAUCCGUAGCGGGUGGCGGAGGCUCCGGGGGAGGUGGAGGCGGGACGGGUUCUUCCAGAGGCGCAACCUUCUCUCCGCUGCUGUCCGGCACAACCGUGAAUUCACCGACCGGAUUUCCUCCCGACAAACCGGGGUCCGUAGCGGCUCACGGAAGUCAGUCAUCAUUGGCGAAAAUAUCGAUUGCUCAGGUAUUCCUGCUGUUAGAUUCAAUUACGGAGAAAGAGGGCCGCGAGAAGUGGGAGACAAAAGCUGCCCAAAUCCACAAGCUCGUUGAGUCGAACGGAAUGGAGGUCUUCUCGAAGUAUUUCCGACGCCUGCUUACGGGCAAUGCGCCCCAAAUCUUUCCUGGUCUGAACAAGUCCGUUGAGAAUGCAGGAAACUACCCACUUCUAGUUCAGGAGAUGCAAAAGGUUUCGCAGGACAUUGAACAAGCCCAAAAGAUAGCGGAGACUGUCGAUGCGUCAGAAGGCGAUAUUUUUCGUGAUUUCGAUCUUUCUACCUUCCUGGAUCAUUUCAAGCUUGACCCUAUCGUCAAGGUUUCCCUGGCCUUGACAUUCAAGACCGCGAAUAAGUCGGACUUGCGCGUGAAAGCUGAUGCUAUUCUCGCGAACUCGAUCACACCUUUCCUUCAGAGUUUAGCGAGUCCCUCGGAUGCGUCGAAAGACUUUAACAAUUCAUUUAUUGGCAUAACGAUCGAACGCUUCAUAUUAUACCCACCUCGCAAUUUCACCGACGACGUUAAGUCUAAACUGCUAUAUGCUGCCAGUCUUCGAUACCAGGCACUGGGGGUGGAUAUGCCAUUUGAAGUGGCGUCCGCACUGCAGAUGUUUAACUUCGUCAACCCGAAGUAUGCACUAGUACGGCAACUUCAUUCCAGGGGACCGAGGGCUACGUCAAGCUCGGAUGCUGUGAAUGAUACUGUUUCUGCGGCCGGUCCGGAGUUUUGGAGCGAAGAACACAUCGCAUCGGCCCUUCUAUUUCUAGUUUUGUCGCAAUAUUGGCGAGAGUACUCUUUGGAGACCUUUCUUGCAGCUGUUCGGUUCCACUACGGCGGCAAGCAAAUAAAUUGGUCGCUCAUAUUUCGACACUUUGACCGCGAGGGCCUAAGACUUGACGCACGGCAAUUCGCGAAGCUGUAUGCGGCGCUUUCACCUAUAGCCGCAGAGGAUUCGACGUUGGACGUUCAACAGCUCUGGGGGGGCGAAUGGGAACACCGCGAUACCCAAAUGUCUUUCCUAACUGCUUUUAUCAACUCACGAACUGAUGCUUCUCAAAUACCAAAUCUCCGUGCGACCUUCCCGCACGACUUCUUCUCUGACGGUCCCGAGCCUGUCCGUUUGCAAGGUGAACGUGCCGCCAAAUCGCCUCUUCGGUCUCUGGAUGCCACGAGAGCCAUCUUCGAUCUAGCUUUGUAUUCGCAAGCUGCUUGGGCUGCAGCAGAAAGCCAAAUGCUUAUUAAAGCUGUCGUGCAGUAUGAUCUGCCCGUAUUCUUGUGCUCAGCCCUAGCUUUACCCCAGCCUUGGACCAGUGUCCAGCAAAGCUUUCUCCUCCGCACUCUUGCUGUUUUUAUCAUGAAACAAGAAGAGGGAUAUCAACUUGCUCUCCACGGCGCGUGGCGUCAGGAUAAGCAGUGGGUAGCGGAUCAGCUCUUUGCCAUGUUUACCCAGGAUCCCACCUCCACCGCAGCAAUUUAUGAACACGCAAUUGAGUAUAACUGGUUGGAGUACCUUCUUGGAUAUACAAAUGGUCUUGCCAUGGACCUUGCCUGUUACGCUCAUAGGAAAGGUCCGUUUGAACUGGAGCAGUGGGUUCGCAAUGCCGCAUCCAAAGGUCUUAUGGACAUGGGUACACUUCUAUCCAAAUACCUCCGUAUCAAGGCCGAUGAUGAGCUUCGUGUCCAGAGGAGGGAACAGCUUGCGCCCCAGAUGGUCAGCUUGUCGGUCAAAACAGUCUUUACACUGCUGUCGGUUCUAGAAGAAUACGUCGGAGAUCCCCAGAACCUCACCCCUGUGCAACGAAUUUGCAUCCAAACUUAUCCCCGACUAAUCAACUACGGCGAAGGUUUUGAUGAUAUCAUCGAUGCGAAUGGCGAAUCUGGGAAUGCAUUGCCCGAACCUGUGGACAAGAAAAUGCAAGAGCUGUUCGGCAAAAUGUACCAUGAGGAGCUAUCUCUGAGAGAAAUUCUUGAACUCAUGAGGCAAUACAAAUCCUCUCGCGACCCCGCGGAGCAGGAUCUGUUCGCCUGCAUGGUCCAUGGCCUCAUUGAUGAAUACCAUUGUUACCACGAAUAUCCGUUGGAGGCGCUCACGAAAACUGCUGUUAUGUUUGGUGGUAUCAUCAACUUCCGUCUUGUUGACGGCAUCACUCUGAAAGUAGGCCUGGGCAUGAUACUGGAAGCUGUUCGAGAACAUGACAUCCAUGAUCCGAUGUACAAGUUUGGCGUCGAAGCUAUUGAACAACUGAUUAAUCGUCUCCCUGAAUGGGUCGGCUUUUGUCAUCUUUUACUCCAAAUUCCCAGUUUACAGGGUUCGCCUAUCUUCCAGAAAGCAGAGGAGGUGUUGCGUGAACAGGGGAGCCAAGUCAGAGAUGAGAACGGGCGACAAGAUAAUACUACUGGCGGGUCAAUCACGAAUGGUAACGUUGACGAGUCUGCGGCACCAGACGGUGCGAAUCGUAAAUUCGUAUCCAUCCACGUUGACCCUCCUCUUCGGCCCGAAAUUUAUCAGGACCCGGAUGAAGAGGUGCAAGACAAGAUUUUGUUCGUGCUGAAUAAUGUAUCGGAGCAAAAUAUUGACGAAAAACUGCGGGAUCUGACAGACGUCCUCAAAGACCCCCAUCAUCAAUGGUUCGCCUCCUAUUUGGUGGAGGAACGCGCUAAGCUGCAGCCGAAUUUCCAGCAGUUGUAUCUUGACCUUUUGGACCGCAUUGAUGACAAAAUACUUUGGGUUGAAGUUCUCCGAGAGACAUACGCUAGCACGUCAAAGCUUCUUAAUUCGGAAGCAACUCUGGGAUCCUCCACCGAAAGGGGCCAUCUUAAAAAUCUUGGUUCAUGGCUUGGAUCUUUGACUAUCGCUAAGGAUAAGCCGAUCAAACACAAGCAUAUCUGGUUCAAGGGGCUUCUAUUAGAAGCUUACGAUAGCCAACGACUGACGAUUGUGAUUCCUUUUACCUGCAAAGUGCUUGUUCAGGCUACAAAGUCCACCGUUUUCAAACCACCAAAUCCUUGGCUAAUGGACAUCAUCGCCCUGCUAAUGGAGCUCUACCACUUCGCAGAGUUGAAGCUGAAUCUCAAAUUCGAGAUUGAGGUUCUGUGCAAGGACCUAGAAAUCGACCACAAGGCUAUCGAGCCUUCUGUUAUCAUUCGUGACCGUUCAACGACCAUUGAAGAGUCGUUGUCAACAGCCAAUAUCCCAGAAGGCCUCGAAGCUUUUGAGGAUAUGGCUCUUACCAGCAUUAGCCAGAGCAUCCGCAAUGAGAGACUCUCCCCUGCUGCUAUCCUGUCGACACUUCCUAGUUUGGAUAAGAUCUUGGUCCUACCGCCAUCGGCAAGCAGUAUGGUGGAUUCGAAUGUUCUUAGGCAGAUUGUUCACUCCGCCGUGGAACGCGCGAUUGCUGAGAUCAUUACUCCUGUCGUUGAGCGGUCUGUCACCAUUGCCUCAAUCUCCACUGUUCAGUUGGUUUCCAAAGAUUUUGCCAUGGAGCUUGAUGAGGAGAAAUUCCGACACGCGGCUGCCAAUAUGGUUAGACAACUUGCGGGUAGCUUGGCCCUAGUAACCUGCAAGGAGCCCCUGAAAGUCAGCAUGACCAACUAUAUUCGAAUGAUCCAGCAAGAAUAUUCAGAUCAACCUAUGCCGGAGGGACUUAUUCUUAUGUGCGUCAAUGACAACCUCGACGCUGCUUGUGGCAUCGUUGAGAAGGCAGCUGAAGAAAAGUCACUUCCUGAAAUUGAGAAAGUCAUUGAAUCUCAGCUGGAAGCUCGUCGGCGCCACCGGGCAGCCCGCCCAAGCGAACCCUUUAUUGAUCCGUCUAUGACCCGCUGGGGUCUCUUUAUCCCUGAACCUUACCGGCAGACUCCAGGUGGUCUAAACAAGGAGCAACUAGCAAUAUAUGAGGAAUUUGCCCGUCAGGCUCGUGGUCCAGGAACCACCCACGCUCAGAAUGUCUCUACUGAUUCUGGUCGGCAAUUGCCGGACGUUCUCCAAGAACCAUAUCCCCCAAUCCCGAAUCUUUCCACCCCUGCAGAGCAGCCUGCUGUGCCUCACAGAACGCCGCAGCCGCAGCAAGAUACCCGACUGCAACAGUCCGCCCUGGUUGGAACUUCCUCUCAACUCAACGGCUUCCUUGAAACGCAGAAUCCGCGUGACAGAGUGGAGAGUCUCGUCUCCGAUCUUCAGCAAGCGGCACGCAACGCUACCGAAGAGCACGUGAAAGAUCUCGGGCGCGACAGUGCUGUUCUUCAAGAAUACAACCAAGCAUUGCGAUCCAUUGUAGCAUCGCCAAAUGGCGAGGAGGUGGCCCGACUGACAGCACUCAAGGCAUGCACAAGCCUUUACUCACAGACUAAAAGCACUUUAGAGAUUGAAGUACUUGUGCACCUGCUGGCCAAGUUGUGUGACAUGUCUGCCUUGGUUGCUCGCUAUACCUGGACUGUCUUGGCCGAAGUCGAUGAUGAGCAUAUGUUCAACGUCCCUGUCACCGUGGCUCUUAUAGAUGCCGGACUUUUGGAUAUUCGUCGUGUUGACAUGAUCUUGUCGAGGCUUAUCCUCCAGAAGAACGCUGCUGCAUUGGACGUCUUAGCCGAACUAAUGGACCAAAUUCUAUUUAACGAGGAGCCGUCCGCUCUAAGGUCUGAUUUCUCUGGCAGCCUUGAAGCGAUGAGCAAAUGGCUUGCCGAAGAUUCAGGUCUUGCCCGGGCCAAAGAAAUCAUCAAGAAGCUACGGGACUCUGGAAUUCCCGAGGUCGUGAACCCGCUACUCUCGGACAAGGCUCGAUCGAAACGAGAUCAGAUGGAGUAUAUCUUCACUGAAUGGAUUGGUAUCUAUAAGGCGCCGGGCGCUGUUGAUCGUACAUACUAUGCUUUCUUGAAAGAUAUGCACCAGAGACAGGUGAUGGCCAACCAAGAGGAUUCUGCGCUCUUCUUCCGUCUUAGCAUCGAUAUCUCGGUUGCACGAUUUGAACACGAGUCCCAGAACCCGAGCGGUAGCUUGGACGAGGCGUUCCUCUAUAUCGACGCUCUUGCUAAGUUGGUCGUCUUACUAGUCAAGUUCCAGGGCGAGGGCACCGGUCCCGUGAAGACCAGCAAAUCGGCGUACUUCAAUUCAAUCCUGUCCGUUCUGCUUCUUGUCCUGAAUCAUCAUCAGGUAAUGAGAGGUGAAGCAUUCAACCAGCGGGUUUUCUUCAGGCUUUUCUCAAGCAUACUCUGUGAAUACUCCAUGAGCGGUCUGCAGCACAGCGACCAGCACCAAGAGAUGAUGUUCACCUUGGCCAACAAACUGCUGUCUCUUCAACCCAAGUACUACCCAUCGUUUGUUUACGGAUGGUUCUCAUUGGUUUCUCAUCGGUUCUUCAUGUCCAGCAUGCUCAACAUGCCGGACCGAGCAGGCUGGGGACCAUACUGUGAAAUCAUGCAAGUUCAGCUGUCCUACAUUGGCGAGCAGUUGAAGUCAACGACCAUGACUCUUGUUACAAUGGAUUUAUACAGGGGCAUGCUUCGCAUUCUGUUGAUCCUCCAUCAUGACUUCCCUGAGUUCGUUGCUGAAAAUCACUUUCAGUUCUGCAACGUUAUCCCUGCCCAUUGCGCGCAGCUUCGCAAUUUGGUCUUGAGCGCUUACCCUUCCUCGUUCCAGAAACUUCCUGAUCCAUUCCGCGAAGGUCUGAAAGUCGAACGCUUGGAGGAAAUGCGAGAGGCACCAAGAAUAGCAGGUGAUACUGCCGGCCCAUUGCUACGUGCCGGUAUCAAGAACGUCAUUGAUAAUGCACUCCAGAGCAACAAUGUGUCCGACUCAGUUAUCCAGCAAAUCCGUGACGCUGUCUAUGAUACGGAAAGCAAGGAAUCAGGUCUCUUUCACGCUCCAAUCAAUAUCAACUUACUGCUUGUCAACGCACUGGCACUUUAUGUUGGCCAGGGGGCAGUCUCUGUAAAUGAAUCAAAGGGAAAUACUCGAGCAGCAUUUGAGAGUUCUGCCCACUCAGCACUGCUAGAGAAGCUCGCCAAGAUCCUGCGGCCUGAAGCCCGCUAUUACCUUCUGAGCGCAAUGGCAAACCAACUCCGCUACCCUAACAGCCAUACCUACUUCUUCAGUUUUGCGAUCCUGCGCCUUUUCGGUACAGAUUACACGGAGCAGGAUGAGUCGGAUAUUCGCCAGCAGAUAAUCCGCGUGCUCCUGGAACGACUUAUUGUUCACCGUCCUCAUCCAUGGGGACUAAUCAUUACCCUUCAGGAGUUGCUACAAAAUAGUAGCUAUGCAUUCUUCCAUCUUCCUUUUAUUCAGGCUGCGCCUGAGCUCUAA